AUGAUCGACUACCUCCACUACCCGCACAUUGUAGACCGAAUCGCCCGCACCGUCUCCGACAUCCCAACCCUCCUCGCUCUGCGUGCCUCAUGUCGCGGCCUGAGGAACGUAGUCGACCCGCGCUUCGCGCGUAACAUUGUCCUCAAGAUAGACGCCCCCAUUCGUUGCCGCGACGCCAACAUCAUCCUCUCAAAGCGCCCAGAGCUAAUUGCGCACGUCCAGUCGGCAGAUCUAUAUGGGUACCCCGGACGCCGGCAGCACAGCCAAGGAGUGCAGCAAGUCGAACCCGUCGUUCUCCCCGAACUCGACUACGUCCGGAUUUUCUGUCCCCCGCUCUGUCUGGUUGACAGGUGGCGUGAGACUGCGAGGAAAGCUCGAACAACAGUGUACGUCUUGGACCUGCAUCUGGCUGGCGGCCGCCCGGUGCUUCUGCCCCGCCCAACCUGCCGGUCGGUCCGCAUGGUCAUCCUCUUCGACCCCUCGAGUGCCUAUCUUCCCGAGGUUCUUCCCGAGGUUCGCUCCUCCUCCACUCUCCCUACCAAGGGCAAGAUCACUUACGAGGUCUUCCUCGUCCCCACUCGCACAACUCUGCCAAGCGCUGGUGGGGCGAAGGCGCAAGCCAACUCUGGCAUCCGUUUCCUGAGCUGCGUCAUCGUCGAGGCCAUGCGGCAGCUUGAGCGGUUGGACUACACGUUGCUCCUCGUCGGGUACGAGCGCGUCCCUGUGACUCUGCGGGCGUCCGAUGCGUCCAGGUCGUCCAGUUCAUCGUCGGAAACCGUGACCGCCGACAUGAUCCAGGACGAGUUCACGUACGCAGUCAAAUGCAUGGUCAGUGAAAGUGACUCGGAGGAGCGCAAGACCCUCUUAGCCAAGCUCGGGUGUCAGUCGGCGUCCGAGUACGCAAAGGUGCACGGGUACGACGCGCUCGAGGACAUUGACUUUCUUCACGGUCUGUAG